ACAAAAGGAAAAAAGUUACAGUCAAAUUCUGAAGCUUCAUUGGAAGAAGAGCAUUUUGGUGCUGGGGCGAAGAUAAGAUAUGCUAAUACAUACAGACUGGAGUCGCAUAAUAAGUUUCAGGAUUAUUUAGUGAGAGACAAAGCUCAAGCAAUACUAACGAAUAAACUUCAACAAGCCAAAUAUGAUGGAGUUUCUAGCCCCUCCUUGUGUGCUUCACUCUCAGAAGAAAUAUUAAAGGCUGUGAAGGAGUUGAACUUUGACCGUUAUAAGUAUGUGGUAUCAGUAUUAAUUGUGGAAAAGGCAGGUCAAGCAAUGAAUGUUGCCAGCAGAUGUCUCUGGGAUGAUCAAAGAGACACUUGGGUUUCAGCUAAGAUUGAGACUCAAACAUUUAUUGCCCUGGCUUUGGUAAUGGCUUGCUACUAUGAGUAA